AUGGCUACAACCAAGCAUGAUCUUUUCAACCUUCUACAAGAAAUACUUACUGUCCCAUGCCUCUCGGUCUCUUCAGGACCCCUUGCAGCCGCUCCAUCCAGUUUCGUCGGUUCAAACGAUAAAAUAAACGAAGAUCAAGCUCCUGGCCUUAUUCUCUCCGAUGCCCGCACCGCUUCCAUACCACUACUUGUUGAAUUCAUUCUUCAAAUUCUUCUAACUCGGCCACCAUUCACGCACAAAUCACCGGAGCUCCUGCUAGAACAACGUUCUAUGUUCCUUAAAAUUUGGAAUAGGGGUCAUGCGGAGGGGUCAAUCAGUGGUGAAAACGAUGACGAACAGAGUCUUUCACCCCAGAAGAGCUUGCACAUUCUCGCGCAAACUCGAAUGAGCUUUCAAAGACUUACAGAAGAUGGCUUUCAAUUCGUGUCAGAGCUCCUAUUCUCCUGCCUCCUUAGGAUGUCUUUGGCAAAUACAGCCGGACGCAGCUGGGUGACUGAGCAUGGGAAGGCCGUUAAGAUUCUGUCAGAAUUGCUUCAUAGUGUACCUGAUGCUGGCUGGUUAAGUAUGGACACAAACUUUGAGUAUACGGUAACAUUGUGGAAGUGCUUGAGUCACUUGACAGCAGGCGCUUCCUGGUGGGGGUCGAGGAGCGAAGUAUACGAGAAAAACAUACUCAGUCUUUCCAACAAUUUCUGUAAGUUUUUCCUACUAUAG